UUGUCGCGGUUGUCGUGUUGAGUGCGUGUGCGCACGAUAUAGCAAAACGACAGUACCACUGUUGCAAUUAUUGUUGUUGCUAUACUUAUUAAUUAUUACCAUAUACCGUGCACAGGUUGCGGGCUUGCGGCCGCGGAUCGCACGUGCGCCGCGCCGAAAUAAUAUUAUUAUCAUCGACGGCCACGCUCGUCUGGAAACUAUUUAGUGCAGUGAGCGCGCGUGCGCUUUCGCGUCCCACGUGUCUGCACGCGGCUUGCACGACACGAUCACAACACUAUUGACCUUUGCCCGUUCACCGGCCCCUCCAUUUCUCCCGCGCGCGGCGCCUCCCCCGCAGAAGCAGCAGCAGUGGCACUACGAAGCGUUUUGAACACGACUGCGACGCGUCAGUAAAGCGCGCGCGUGGUGCGUGUACUGCGGGCAGUGCGAUAUACGUUUCGUCGGCAACCAACGUUCGUCAAGCGGUUUUACGAUUUUUGGAUAUUAAUUGUAUAACUUAUGGUUGUUGUUAUUAUUACGAUUAAUUGAUGUCAUCAUAAUUCGUAAUACCGACGGCGUCACCGGACCAUUUUAUUGUAUUUUCCCCGAACACCGUAUUAAAGUCGCCCAAUAAGGAACACACGGAUUUUGAGUGCUGGCGUUCACGUUCUUCCACUUACUACAACAAUAUUAUAUUAUUUAAUAUUAUAAUAUUAUUUAGUAAGCUGUCGUCUCUGCUUCGGAUCGGGCCAGCGGAUAAAUAUCUGCGAUGAGAGUGGGCCGAAGAUAUUUUGAACUCAUGGUUUCUGUGAUCAAUCCAUCGUCGGAUCUAUAUCAUCACAGUCCCUUAGCACCUUUAGCGUCAUUCGACUCACCCGGUUCUGGAAUCGAAUCGUCCAGUACACAAUCGGAAAAAAAUUGUCCGUUCAAAGACUUCAUAUUAAAUGAUAAAUGGAGACGUAUAUUUGAUAAAUAUGACCCUGAAGGUUUUGGGGAAAUUCCGUGGAACGAUUUCUUGAUGUUAUUGAAUUCGUCGGAUUUCGUGAAAUCUAUAUCUCAGGAGAAACGUGAUAUCCUCCUUGAACGAGCUCGCCAAUCAAACACGUCUGCUAUAACUUUUCAAGAUUUCGUCAAUAUCAUGUCCGGCAAAAGGAGGCGGAGUUUUAAAUGUGCCAUUCAUCACAGGGACAAAGAAGUUAACAGCGAAAACGAUUUUCAUAUUAUAUUCCAAGAACCAACGUUACACCAAAAAAUGGUACGUCUAGUGGCAGAGGAGUUCUUGACGGAUGACAGAGAUCGGAAAUAUUAUGCAGACAAUUAUCGCUGUUGCCCACCGCCACUUUUUAUACUACUCAUUACAAUUUUUGAGUUGGGAACCUACCUAUAUUACUACUCUCUAACUUUGGGUUCUACACCUGCUCCCGGUGACAUAUGGGCAUCAGUCGCCGCUCCUGUGCCAAUGGACAGCGUGUUCAUAUAUAGACCUGACAAACGACAACAAUUGUGGAGAUUUAUGUUGUACAUGUUCUUACAUGUUGGUUGGGUCCAUCUGAUAUUCAAUUUGACUGUCCAAUUGCUUGUGGGUCUUCCAUUAGAAAUGGUGCACGGUUCACUCCGAAUAGGGGUUGUGUAUAUGGCUGGUGUGUUAGCAGGUUCCUUGGGUACGUCGGUCUUUGAUAGUAACGUUUAUCUGGUUGGCGCUUCGGGUGGAGUGUAUGCUCUAUUGGCUGCUCAUUUAGCUAACGUUAUGUUGAAUUACAACAACAUGGAAUUCGGAGUGUUUCGGUUGCUUGGCAUACUGUUCAUUGCCAGCGUAGACGUCGGCUUCGCCGUGUACUGUCGUUACGCCUUCGAACCAUCGUCGAACGCUCCUCCCGUCAGCUACGUUGCUCACAUAGCCGGUGCGCUGGCCGGUCUUACCAUCGGUCUGCUGGUGUUGAAAAACUUCGAGCAAAAGCUCCACGAGCAGCUGAUAUGGUGGUUCGCGCUCGGAGUGUACGCUAUUUGUACACUGUUUGCGGUCGUGUACAACGUGAGCCAUCCCUGUUGAGGAGACCGACCGAUCUACACACGGUCUACCAAUAAAUAUAUAUAUAUAUAUAUAUAUAUAUAUAUAUAUGAUAUAUAAUGUAUAAUGUAUGUGUGUGUGAGGCGAUGGAUACGGUGUGUGACGAAGUCCAAAGUUGUAACCGAGGAACACGUCAUGGCAUCAUUAAGCUGGUAGUGUGGGCGCCGGCCCAUCGCCGAUCUUACAUAUUUGUAUUCUUCCGCGUGUAAAAAUCUAUUCGUACUGUCCAAUUUUGUUCGUUUUUUCAUCUUCAUUAUUAUUAUUUAUUUUUAUUAUUAUUAUUUGUUUCCCUCACCUCGUUUGUGUUUAAUUAUUUCUACCUUGAUAUAUUAUUAUUAUAUAUAAUAUACAUAAUAUAUUGUGUCUGUGAUUUUUUCGCCAGAGUUUACAUUCAUCAUUAUAGGCAAUGUUAUGAUUAUUAUAAUAUUAUGCUGUAGACAUGCCUAGAUGUUUGCUACGCACGAUUCUGUUUAAAGUCCGAAAUAGUUGGUUGGGGAGGAGGUGGACACUGUUACAAUAAAUUAUUAUUAUAAUAAAUUUAGUUUUUUCGCUGUAAUAAAAAUUUAGUUUUAAAUUUUGCAUACAUAGAGUAUGAACAUUAAAAAUAAAAAAACACAGACAUUUAAAUUGUAAUUGUAAAUAAUUAUUUUAAUUUAAACAUUUUUUUAAUGCUUUAUUACAUUCACUGCCAGUUUUAAUUUAAUCGGUGGUUAGUUUUGAGUUUAAGUCUCUUGAGUCUUGAGUUAAAGUUCCAAAAAUACAUCCUGAAGUUUGGUGAGUACAAAUAGGCUGUGAUGUUUAUUUUUCAAACAGACAAACAUUUUCCUUAACUAUAGUUCCUCUGUACCACAUAAAACAAAAUUGCUCAACUGUGUAAAUUUACUAGGCAGUUAGUAUAAUAUCUGUAUAUUAGCACAAAACAAAACAACAGAUAAUUGUAUUGUUCGCAUUAAAAAACGAUGUUUGUAGUUGUAAAAAUAAAAUGUAAACAUUUUAGAUUGUAAAUAAGAAAAAUAUUGAUUCUUGUCAUAACACAAAUCUAGUCAUAAUUAUAUCUAUUUGUACUAUAUUAUAUAUUAUAAUAUAUAUAUAUUAUAUAUGUUUAAAAUAAUUAUUUAGAUAAUGCUUUAUGUUUAAUGUAUAAUUUUAUGUUACAAAUUUUUAAUAAAAAUAUCGAACUAAAUGUUUGACUUUACGAUUGCA